AUGGGUAGUUAAUGCUCGUAGUGUCAGAGUUGUUAGAAAAGAGAGGAAUAAGUGGUAGUAUUAUCGGAGGUUAGACAGCAGAGUUCUCAGAAUAUGAAUCAGUAUUCUCAGCAACCUCGGGAAGAAGAAAACGAUGAAAGUUCAUGUAAUUCAUUAGAGUAAUUAGUGAGUAAAGGAGUUGAGUUGAAGAAGGUGGAAGACAAGAAGUUAGAAUAGAAGUACUAAGCUGAAGUUCCUAAUCCAACUCCCACGCCUAUUGCUACUCCUGAUAUAGCACCUAUUUAAGUUAUUGCUUUCAGUGCCCAAAUACAAUAACCUUAACUGACCCAAGAGUCUUAGAAUGAUCCUAGUAUUUUCAAGAAAGACAGAAUGGAUAAACGAAACUAAUAAGAUUUGAAUCAGGAUGAGACGAAUAAGCAAGGGCCCAGAGAGAAGAGGCCUAAACAUGUGUUCAAAAGUGGAGCAAUUUAUGAAGGAGAGUGGGUAGGCAAUACGAGGGAUGGUUAUGGUAUUCAAAUAUGGUCUGAUGGCGCUAAGUAUGAAGGGGAAUGGAAAGACAAUUAAGCGAAUGGCAGAGGUAAGUUUUGGCAUUUAGAUGGCGACUUUUAUGAAGGAGAAUGGAAAAAUGAUAGAGCCAAUGGAGUUGGGAAGUACAUCCAUGCUGAUGGAGCCUAGUAUGAUGGGGAAUGGCUUGAGGAUUUGUAACACGGUCAAGGAAGGGAAUUUUGGGCAGAUAGCUCUAAAUAUGAUGGUUAAUAUCAAUACGGGAAGAAGUCAGGAUUUGGUACCUAUUAAUGGGCUGAUGGCUCUACCUACAAAGGGAUGUGGAGUGAUAACAAAUUAAAUGGGUUUGGAUUAUAUAAUUGGCCUGAUGGGAGGCGCUAUGAGGGGUUUUGGUUGCAAAACCAAAUGAAUGGAAGAGGGAUUUACUAUUGGCCAGACGGUAGGUACUAUGAUGGAGAGUACUUAAAUGAUAAGAAGCACGGAUUUGGAGUAUAUAAAUGGAAUGAUGGUCGUUGUUAUGAAGGGUAUUGGUUACAGGGGAAGUAACACGGAAUUGGGAGAUAUGUGUUGUCUGAUGGACAGAGUCAAGUCGGAGUUUGGGAGAAUGGAGUAAGGAAAAAGUGGUUAGAAGGAGAGAGUAAAAUAGAGAGACCUAAAGAUUGGGAUAAAUAUAUUCAUCCAAAAUUAGAAGACUUUUAAUGA